UUACAAAUAACAGGUUGUCUGUGUCUUUUGAUUACAUAUUGUAUGAUUAUAAAAUUGAGUAUAAAUGCUACGCAUACGAAAUGUUUUUAUUAGUAAGAUUGUGUCCCGACGGCCGAUUACAUAGCCUGAUCUAGCAAAAAGCAAAUAAAUUUAUUACAAAGUGAACAAUGUCAUUAAUUUGUCUCCCGGCUGGCGAUACAUUUGUACCUGUUAAAAUAGAAGAAAAUGAUUUAUAUGGAGGCAUUUUAAAUUUUCUAAAAGUUAUACGGCCAAAUUGGAUAUCUAAUAAUAUUACUUUCAAGACAUUUACAGAUGGCAUCACAAAUAAAUUAGUAGCAUGUCAGUUGGACUCAACAUUAAAUGAUGAGAAUGAAAUAAUCCUGGUUCGUAUAUAUGGAAAUAAAACUGACUUACUCAUUGAUAGAAAUGCUGAAAUCAGAAACAUUAAAACAUUAAAUGUUCUUGGAUUAGCACCUAAAGUAUAUGGUAUAUUUGAAAAUGGUUUAGCAUAUCAAUAUUACCCUGGAGUAACUCUCAAUAUAGAUACUGUGCUGGAUGUCAAAAUAUGGCCAUUAGUAGCGCAGCAUAUGGCAAAAAUGCACAAAGUUAAACUAGGAGAUGAUAUAAAACAAGAUGCAGUUGUAUGGGAUAAAAUAGAACAAUUUCUCAGUUUACUUCCAGUACCAUUUACAGAUGUAAAUAAACAAAACAGAUUUGCCAGUAGUUUUGGGUCGAUAACAAGACUAAGGAUAGAGUUUGAGCGCCUAAAAUCACACUUAAACAAAACUGAGAGCCCAAUUGUGUUUGCUCACAAUGAUUUGCUUCUAGGAAACGUGAUCUACAAUCAACGUGAAGGGACCAUAGCUUUUAUUGAUUUUGAAUAUGCGGCAUAUAAUUAUCAAGCAUUUGACAUCGCGAAUCAUUUUAACGAAUUUGUUGGUCUUUCCAUUGACGAUAUAGACUACAAGCGAUACCCAAAUAAAGAAUUUCAGACGUCAUGGAUAAAGGUAUAUUUGACCGAAUAUUGGGAUGGAGUCACUCCAAACGAGUCAGAUAUAGAAAAACUUUACACAGAGGUGCAGCAGCAUGCUCUGGCAUCCCAUUUUUUGUGGGGUGUGUGGUCACUUGUACAGUUCGAAUUAUCGGACAUAGACUUUGAUUUCGGAAGAUAUGCUGAAAUAAGGUUGAACAGAUAUUAUGAGUUGAAAGAUGACAUAUUUAAAGAGUUAAUAUGAAGAGGUUUGAAAUAAAAAUAAUAUAUUUUAAGCGAAAUUAUGUAGACAAAUAUAUUCAAAUAAAGCAUAAAAAAUAA